ACCAGGCAAAAUAAGAGAAGUGCCGAAUCAGUCUUACCGAUUGGAUUUGUGGAAAAUCUUAAAAAGGCGAGGACAACAGUUUUUGAAAAUCGUUGCGAACCGGCUAUCUCAAAGAACGAAAAAAAGAGAAGGAUAGCUGAAAAACUGGCUAAACUUGCUGCACAAAGGGAGCAAUAUAUGCGAUCUGUAGAGGAUGAAAAAGAAAAACAACGCGAGCAAGAAAGGAAAGUAAAGGUACAUGUUCCUGUGAAAUCACCAAAACGAAAUGCUAAAAAAAGAUAUAUUGAACCACCUGAGCCGGAAUACUACGGGUGGAAAGAAAGUAGCCCACGACCCAUUGCUACACAGAUACUCAAUCCUUUCGAUAUAGAUCUAGAAGAAAACAAUGAAAAAACACAUGCGCUUGCUGAAAUGGAAGAACAGAAUCAAGGAAAUGAAACGAGAACUGCGGAAGAAUAUGAAAACACCGUUAUAGUAAAAACACCCAUCAUACCCAAUAUAACAAUAUGUUUCACUUCAAUUAUGCAGCAUGAUAGGAAUGCUUUGGUGACUAUGGUUCAGCAAUUAGGUGGAGAAGUAUGUAAUGAAUUUGAUGAAAAGGUAACUCAUCUGGUCUGUGGUCGUAUAGUGCGCAAUCAAAAGUUGCUUUGUUCGAUUGCCAAAGGACUUGUAAUUGUCGACGAAGACUAUGUGAUCGAUUCUCAUGCACAGUCAAAGUGGCUUGAGGUCGAUAAUUAUGAAUGGGGAAGUGUUCAUUCAGUGAUUAAACACCGUCUGCUCUCAUCACAAUCUCGUUUUCUUUCUUUUGCGUUGGCGUGUUCGCGAUGGCGACGGAAAAUCGAAAAGUUGCAGAAUUCGAAUGAAAGGGCCUUCCACAAAUGGAAAGCAUUACUUUACUGCAGUCGUCGUCGAUUUUCCGAUCUUAAACGUAUUAUACAUUUCGGUGGUGGGAGAGCUUAUCUAAGGGAUGAUAUUUGCUCAUUGGAAGGAUUCACUGUUGCGCUUGUUGAAAAAUCGAGGUUUUGGAAUCCGCAGGAAGUGAUCGAGCUUAUUGAGAACAAUAUACAGUGUUUCGAUGUAGACUAUCUCGCCACAUAUUUAACACUGGAAAACGCAAAUGAAGUUAAAAAACACUUCCAUAAAGACUAUGUGACUGAAUUAAACCGCAUAUUAGAUGCGGGCAUUCGUCGUAGUUGGUUUUAA